GGUUGAUGGAGCGGGGCUUUCUGCACCCGGCAUGUGGAAUGCGAGGGCCGGCCGGGCCUGGACCUGGGCCGCAGCCCCAGGCUUUCCUCGCGCUAGAUGGACAGUGAAGCGCUUGCUCUCCGUGAGCAGCUCGGUCGAUGGGCGGCGGAUCCGGGCCGCGCCGCCAUGGAGGAUUCUCUUCUUCGGAACCGAUGCGUUUGCGCAACGGACGCUGCAGAAACUGCACGGGUGCAGGUAGCGGGCGCAGGUACCCGGGACGGGCGCGGGUAGCGGGAGCGGAUCAGGGGGUGAGGAAGAUCCACAGCUUCAUCUGUGUCGGAGAAAGAUCCUUGGAUGACGGAAAGCUGCUCAUAGAACAGCUGGAGGUUGUUACUUUGCCAACCACUAAAUCUGACAAGCUCCCUGUUCGAAAAUACGCUAAGCUGAAUCAAAUUUCAAUUCACAAUUGGCCUUGCCUCACAGAGUGCAAUCAAUUUGAUGUUGGAAUUAUUGUAUCGUUUGGUGCGCUGCUCAGUGAUGCCCUCAUUCAGCAAUUCCCAUAUGGAAUAUUGAACCUCCAUCCCAGUCUGCUUCCAAGGUGGAGAGGUCCUGCUCCAAUUUUUCACACACUGAUCCAUGGUGAUCGAAUGGCUGGUGUCACCAUCAUGCAGAUUCGACCAAAAAGGUUUGACGUUGGCCCCAUUCUAAUGCAGCAGGAGUGUCCUGUUCCUCCACGAUGCACGUCUGGUGAACUAGGAGUGAUACUGGCUGAAAAAGGUGCUGAAAUGCUCUUGUCAGUAUUGAAAAGUCUGCCAGAACAUAUAGAGAAUAAACGGGAACAAAGCAAAGAUGGAAUCACAUUUGCUCCCAAAAUCACUGUUGCUGACAGUUGGGUGAAUUGGGAGGAACAAACAGUGGAGGAGCUUGAUCGGUUAAACCGGGCAAUCGGGUCCAGGGUAUUGUUGCGGACACUGUGGAUGGGCAAGACCGUGAAGCUGAUGGAUUUAGUGGAUGUCGAAGAAAUUCCUGACUUCCAGGCAGCCACACAGGAACAGUUAAUCCCUGGAACUGCCCACUUCCAUAAGGAAUCGAACAUUCUUUUGAUACGCUGCAAGAAUGGCUGGACUGGCUUCAAGCGAGUGGUAUUGAAGAAGCUGCUCUCGGCUGCAGAUUUUUAUAAUGGAUACCUCCAUCCAUACUAUCAAAGGAGCCCAGCUGAUCAAAAUGUAGCCCAGUUUCAAACAUACACACCUAAAACAAGGAUCAAUAAAAUGUCAAAAUAAACUGGAUUGUGACUUGAUCAUAAAGAUGUAAGUGAUUCUGUAAUUUAAGUUCAAUUAUUUCACAUUA